AUGUCAUUAUAUCCUGAGAGUCAAUUAAAAAAUGCUGCUAAAAAACAUGAAUUAUAUCACGAUGUAGUUGAAGGACAACUCUUAUGCAGAAAAUGUAUUGAAUUUAUACCAUCAAAUAAUUAUCCUUAUUGUCGUUUUGCACGUUAUAAAAAUAAAUUUGAAGUUGCUUUGGUACCAGAAGAUCUAAUAUUGGGUUUUAUAGAACAACCAGCAAUUACAUUAAAUCACAUUUAUAUGAGUAUUAUUUUAAUUCGUGGUCGUCAAGCUGCUUUAAAGGGCCAGGUAGUGCAUUUUCAUGUUGAUACAAAUAUAAUUGUUGAUGAUUUAUUACCAUUUCCACGAUGCUAUGAAUUCUUGGCCGUCGUACAGGAAAAGCCACUUAAAAAUAAUGAGAUUCGUACUACUGUUAGUUACUCAUUUAGUCCAGUGCAAGUGUUGAAAGCUCUAAUUUAUUUAAAACAACAUAAUCAUCUAUAUUCAGACAAGAAAUUGAUGACAAUAGAAGAAAUUCAACAAAGUUUCAAAUGUCGUGAAGAAUAUAUUAUACCAAUUCGCAUUAUCGAUAGCUAUGCCUAUAACAAUGCUACUACGAUAGCACCAGUUAUUAAUUCAUCAGAAACUUUAUUUGGACCUAAACGAGUAAUUCCAUGUGUUGAAAAUCCAAUAUGGCAAAUUGAAUCUUAUUUAGAAGAAAAGUGUUAUCCAUGGCUAUAUCCACACGGAAAAGGAGGUGAAGCUGAUCCAGAACGACCUUUACACGUGAAUCUACGAGACUACUAUAAACAACGAUUGAAAUCUAUUGACAAUCGAUGGCAAAAGGAUCCGACAUGGAUUUUUCGAGCACUUAAUUUAUUACAAAGAGAAGAUUUGUAUAUAGGCAUGGUCAUUCGUGGUUCUUCAGCAUUUUGGGAUAAAGCAAGACGUCAUCUUAGAUCCAUGUAUGCAACAUUGGGAAAGCCUUUUAUCUUCCUAUCAAUAAAUUUACAAGAUGACGUGGAAUUUUUAACCAAUAUUAAUCCCGAAAAAUUUGGUUCGACAUCUAAUCCCAAUUGGGAAGCAAUUGACUCUUUAUCUAAUGAUGAAUAUUUGAUGUUAAUGAAUGAAAAUGCAGGACUAGUUGCUAGAAUGUGUAAACGUCGAGUGGCAGCUUUUGAAGAAUAUAUCAAUGACAAAAACCAUCCAUUCCUUAUUGAUUAUGUUGUUUCUCAUUAUUUUUUGAAAAUCGAAUUUCAACGAGAUGGAUUACCUCACGUACAUACUUUACUAUGGGUUGAAAAUCCUCCUUCUACAGAUACAAGUGAAGGACGACAAAAAAUAAUUGAUUUUAUUGACAAAUUUCUUACUACUGAAUUACCUGAUCAAAAUGCUCAACCAGAUCUGUAUAAAUUAGUCAAAAAAUUUCAAUGGCAUAUACACACAUUCACCUGUACUAAAGAUGAACCAAUCGUACGUAUUCGAAGAGGAAAAAAAGAAUUAGCACCUGAACAGAAAGGUCAAACAGAAGAAAACUCAGAUCAUAUGUGUAGUAUAAAUCGAGAUAAUGAAGAUGAAAUAUAUGAAAAAGUAGAUCCAGACAAUGAUCUUGAUUUAAUUCAAACAAAGGUUGAAAGACGAGAUUUUUUUGAAAGAGCAAGAUGCCGUUUUGGCAAACCUGAUCCACUUGCUGGAAACACGCAUUUUCGUACGCAUAAAGAAGCUAGAAUAUUAACACGUGGUGAUCGUGAUAUUAUUAUGAAAAGAACAACAGAAGAAUCACGUCGCAUUGUUCCAUAUAAUAUUAAUUUACUUAAAACAUUCAAAUGUAAUCAUGAUAUGCAAAUUAUAACUGAUCCUUGGGCAGCAGCUGAGUACCUUUUUUCAUAUAUUAGUAAAGACGCUCGUAUGGAAAAGGAUCUCGUACAAAAAUUAGCUGGAUGUGCAUGUUCAACUCUUGAAGAAGCGAGAAAAGUUCUACUAAAAGCUGGCAAUGCUGUGUUAUCACAUAGACAGAUCGGAAAAAUUGAAGCUGCUUGGUUAAUUUUAGGUAUUCCAUUGUAUCGGUGUUCAAUGGCCACAGUUCACUUAUACAUAUCUUUACCCUGUCAUGAAGACCGUAUAUUAAAAAACUUAAAUGUAAAUAUGGAAUCAAUUACUGAAGAUGAUUUUGUUACAACAAUAAUUCAUCGAUAUUCACAACGGCCUUCAAUACCAGAAGUCAUUAAUGAUCUUACUUUAUUUGAGUUUGCAGUAUGGUUUGCAACUGAUUAUACUGAUUCGACAAGUGAAGACGUUGAAAACAAUACACUAAUACCUAAUCCAUUAUGGCGAACCAACUAUGAUGAACCACCAUUAUUGAAAAAUUCAAGACGACUUCCACGUAUUAUACUAACAUCUGGUCAAAAAAUGCGUCAACAUGAAAAUCCUAAAUGCGUCACAUUCACUUGUCUUCAUGAUGACACUGCACAGUCUAUGUAUACUCUAUUGUGUUUAAAUAUUCCUUUUCGAGAUUCAGUGGUUGAAUUUUUAGGUGGUCAACAAGAACCAGAUAUAUAUGAUCUACAUCAAGUACUUCUACAACACAAAAUACAAAUUUCUACCCGUAUUUUAACAUUACCUCAAACGUAUCGUAUUCAACUAAAAAAUUUAUUGGACCAUUUAAUAAAUAUUGAUGAACAAAACUUUAAAAUUAAUCAUCGAGAAUCUUAUAUAUUUACAAAUCCAAUAGAAAAUGAGGAUAAUACAAUUUCUAAAUCAUCAACAGAUAAUAAUCUUAUACAAUCAUUAAUAACUACUGACGAUAACUCAUUUACAAAUAUCGACACUAAUAUAUCUAUAUCGUCUCAAGCAUUAGCAGAUUUGAAAAAUACAGCCAAUCAUCAACAGAAAUAUCUUCUUGAUUUUGUUCAAACUUAUUUAGAUCAUUUGUUGAUGUACUCUAGACGACCGACGCAUGUAAAAAAGCCGAAACCAUUUCACGUUGUUGUUAAUGGUCUAGCAGGAUCUGGUAAAUCUUAUGUUAUUUCUAUAAUCGAAAAAAUGCUUCAUGAAUAUUGCAUUACUGAAUCUGCUGGAGUUUCACAUCCUCGUAAAAAUUUUGGUUUACUUAAAAUGGCUCAUAGAGGAAAAGCAGCGUUGAAACUUCAUGGUUCUACUAUACAUUCUGCUCUUGAAAUUUGUCCAGAUGGUAGUUCAUCACCAAACAAAUUAAAUUCUUUUAAAUUUUAUACACUAAGAAAACGAUUUGAUGGAUUAUUAUUGAUUAUUAUUGACGAAAUUUCACUUGUUUCACAUGCAUUAUUUCAAAAAAUAAACAAGCGUCUAAAUGAAAUAUUUCGUACACUUGAUAAAUGUGAUAUUUACUUUGGUGGUCUUCCUGUUAUCGUGUUCGGUGAUAUGGCUCAGAUUGAACCCGUCGCAGCUAAACAAGUAUUUUAUCGUCCAUUAGGUGAACUAUUUUCUCUGUAG